AUGGAAACUAAAGUGCAGAAACAAGUUAUCGAUUAUUUUUCAACCUUUGAAGAGUUUCAUAAUACAUCCAAAACGUGUUUGAAAUCUUGCCAAAACUGCGCAGUAUCUAUUAAUAAACUUAUUCAGCGCUGUAACAACAUUAAGCAAGCGGAUCUUUCCGGUACUCUAUUAGAAGAGUUUGUUGAUCUUCGGAGUAAAUUGUCAACAAAUCUACAUAACCUCAUCUCGGAGGAAAUCUAUGAAAUUCGAAGUAAGGCAUUGGUAAUUGAAGACUCUUUUGAUAAACUUUGUAACAAAGAGGUCUUAACAGCGACUCGCAAGUAG